AUGUCGACGACAGACCAAGAAACUUUACUGUCAAUCCCAGAUAUGAGCUCGGUGACUGCAUGUCAUGGUAGCGUUGCCAGUAUUAAUGGGACUGGCGAGAAAUCUACCAAACAUGAGGCUCACAUCAUGGCGAAGCCGAGCGACUAUGCGAUGGCUCACAUACCUAGCCAGCCCGUUGGCGGCUUCCACGGACUCGGGCCACGCAAGGACCGUAUAUUUGUGCAAAUCACCGACAUAAUGCGCCCCUUUCGGCUGCCCGCCCUAGGUGAUGAGUCCGACAGCAUGAAUGUACCGAAGAGACCAAACGUGGGGAGUGAGUUAGUGGGAAUAGGUGCGCAGUUUGCGAGCACCCUCAAUCUGCACGAGAUUCCCACUGUCACUAAGGGGCGCUGA